GAAAUUUGUACGCGACCAAAUCCUUCCCCCGGAAGCACAUAAUAAGAUGCGUACUAUGCCACCCUUACUCUUGUUCACGAUCAGUGUGAAAUAAAACUCUUUAUUUUGUCGGAAAAGCCGGUGUUAUUUUAGGAUGGACCCUGCAAGAGAGGAAGAACUGGACCAAAUAAGGCUCAAAUCGAUGAAGAAACGAGUUUUCACAGUCCCCACAAAUGAUAGGUUUGGAAGGUGUAGGAGUGUUCGAAGGUUUGAAAAGCUCAACCGAAUAGGAGAAGGAACUUAUGGCAUUGUUUACCGUGCCCGUGACACCAACUCUGAUGAAAUUGUUGCACUGAAGAAGGUUCGGAUGGAUAAAGAAAAAGAUGGAAUUCCUAUCAGCAGCCUCAGAGAGAUAACCCUGUUGCUGCGGCUCCGACAUCCCAACAUAGUGGAGCUGAAGGAGGUGGUUGUGGGCAGUCACCUUGAAAGAGCAUCCCGACUUAUCGACAUCAGCAGGAUAUCACAUUGGUGGAACCAGGAGACUGCAUCCUGUCUGUUUCUGGUGAUGAGCUACUGUGAGCAAGACCUGGCUAGUCUGCUGGAGAACAUACAGACACCAUUCUCAGAAGCUCAGGUGAAAUGUAUCAUAUUGCAGGUGUUGAGAGGGUUGCGCUAUCUCCAUCACAAUUUCAUCAUCCACAGGGAUUUAAAGGUGUCUAAUCUACUGAUGACAGACAAAGGCUGUGUAAAAAUAGCUGAUUUUGGAUUGGCUCGCAUGUAUGGCAUCCCCCAGCUACCAAUGACACCCAGGGUGGUUACACUAUGGUACAGAGCUCCAGAGCUCCUCUUAGGAAGCAAAACCCAGACUACAGCUCUGGAUAUGUGGGCUGUAGGCUGUAUCCAGGCUGAGCUGCUGGCACACAAACCUCUACUGCCCGGAACAUCUGAGAUCCAGCAGCUCGAUCUGAUAGUUCAGUUAUUGGGGACACCAAAUGAAAACAUCUGGCCAGGUUUUUCUGAGCUCCCUCUCACUGGGCAGUACACCUUGAGGAAGCAGCCCUACAAUAACCUGAAGAAUAAAUUCACAUGGUUGUCUGAAGCUGGACACAGGCUGCUCAAUCUGCUCUUCAUGUAUAAUCCACAGCACAGAGCUACCGCCAAAGAUUGUUUGGAGAGUUCCUACUUCAAGGAGAAACCUCUACCUUGCGAACCUGAGCUGAUGCCGACUUUCCCUCACCAUCGUAACAAACUGGCCUCUUUUCAUCCAGAGAGCCACUUAAAAUGCAGUAAAGUGUGAUCAAGCUCAAGACCUGAAACAAAGGGCAUGGCUUUCUGAUAUAACACUCAAAUGGUGAUGUUUUGCUCACAUUGCAUAGACCUCACAGAAAUGUCUCAGUUCUUCUAACGAAAAUGAGGCAGAAAUGGAAUGUAAAUAUUUGGGUGGGAAAAAAAACAGUGCAACAUAAUCUUGGUUGGGCGGCACGGAGACGCAGCUGUGGAGCGUUGGCCUCAUUGUUCUAAGGACCAGGGUUCAAAUCACAGCCCACCUGUGUGGCGUUUGUAUAUUCUCCCUGUUCCAACGUGGGUUUUCUCCGGGCACUCUGGUUUCCUCCCAUAUCCCAAGAGCAUGCAUUGGAGACUCUAAAUUGCCCCUAGAUGUGAUUGUGAGUGCGACUGUUGUCUGUCUCCAUGUGCCCUGCGAUUGGCUGGGAAGCAGGUCAGGGUGUAUCCUGCCUCCUGCCCGAUGACAACUGAGAUUGGCUCCAGCACUCCCGUGACCCUUGUGAAUAUAAGUGGCUCAGAAAAUGGAUUGAUGGAUAAUAUUGGUUGUAACAACAAGAUGUAAUCCAAAAAUGAUUUUUUUAGUUACUGUACAUUCCUCAGUCCAUUCACCAUACUCUUCUUGCACACACUAUUCAUACUGCUAUCAAACAAACCACAGCAGAUGCAUUUCUAGCCACACCAGUAUUAUGUUGAAUGAAAUAGCUUGAUUACAAUUACUGUAAAAUUAAAUGUCAUCUGAUAAAAUCUGAUUAAAUUUUUUUUGUUUUUGUUUUUUCCCACUAACUCUAUUUGAAUGUUGCCUUCCAGGUCAUUUCAUCCUCAGGGCAUUGAAUCAAUCUUAACUAGACUGUUGUGGUUGUCUAAAGUUUGAAGAUGUUUCACAACUCAUCUUCAUCAGUUCUUGACAGAAAUUGCCUGCGUUGGUGUGGAAAAACGUUUGAUGAUUCAAGUUGAGGGCAUGGCCCAAACCACCAUUCAGUUAUCAAAACAACAGUUAUGAUCACUUCACUUCUCUGAGAAUAUCUGAAAAGUGUACUCUUCAAUUUAAUCCCGCUGAUGUAGUGAGUACAAUAAGAAUUGUCUUCAAAAGGUCUCCGUGGGUGUCUCUCAAUUUAUGGUUUAUGUGUUCUUUGUUUAUGUUCUACUGGGUCUCAGCACUGCCUUUGAUCCAGCGUAGCGUGAUCCAAGGGUCUAUUGUAGGUCGAAUUCUCUCUUACUUUACACAUGCUUUGGGGCAUCAUCAGAAAACAUCAGCUUCCACACUUAGGCAGAUGAUACGCAACUGUGUAUCCUGGUCUCCAUUGAUGACACAGGGCCGAUUAAUACCCUUCUUAUAUUUUCUAGAUCCGGGGUGCCCAGAUAUUUUUACCCCAAGAUCUACUUUUGAAGCAGCCAGCCUCUCACCAUCUACCGAUGUUGGGGGAGGGCUCAACAUCAAUAAGUAAAAUUUUAACAUUAAAAAAAAUUAGACAGAACGUUGACAUCCCCCGCUCGAAUUUUUUACGUUACAAUUUAUUUACAAACCAAACCAACAAUGAACUAUAAAUUUGAAAUGUCGCUUCCAACUUUGUUUUAUUUUUUAAAAAUCCUUUUUUUUAUAUUAUGUUGCCUCCUAUAUUUAAAAUACAGAAUUAGCUUUUUGUGCACUGUAUUGUCUGUGCUUUCAUCCUCGAUCAGGCUGUCAUGGUGGAAUUUUAACAUCACACACCAGCUCAUCCUGCAUUUUGUACUUUGGCUUGAGACCAGACCUUUCUCACUUGAAAAAGAGAAAAUCUCGUCCAUUUUCACCACUUUUUGUUCUAUUAUUCACAUACUCUGACAUUCAUGGCAUCUUAAAGCAACAGUAUUUCUUUAUUUACUUUUGCUAUUAUUAUGGUGAGUAAACAUAAGCUGCAUGUAUCGUUUGUCUUUGCUCUACGUUGCCUAGUAAUUAUGAGCGUAUCCCUUUAAGAGUGGAGGUGGACGGUAUCAAGUAAAUGAGGCAGUGUGUGGCGGAUGGAGCACCAGGUCGUUGGUAGAGAAAGUUGUGUGCACUGCUGAAAUGUUCAUUAAACAUCACCUGAAAGAA